AUGUUUACAGAUUCUGUGGGAUCAAAGAUUCAGCUAUAUUCUUGGAUGGUUCUAAGUUGUCCCCUUAGUACAUUGCUUCCUCGAUCUGGGUCCCCCGCCAAUAAGGAGGAAGCGGAUGGGCGUCAGCAGGUGGACUACCGAGUGCUGGGCGGCUGGGGCGCCCUCAGCGUGGACACGGGAGGAGGCGUGAGUCUCUGGCGCGCCCUGGACCGCGAGGCUCCCGACGGUGCCGUGGGCGUCGCCAACCUCAUCGCCGUGGACCGCGGGCGGCCGCCCCUCACCUCCACCGCCACCAUCACCAUCACGGUGGCCGACAUCAACGACUGCCCCCCGCGCCUCCUGCCGCCCACCACCUUCCACGUGCCCGAAAACGCCCCGCCCACGCUGCUCGGCGUCCUCACGGCCACCGACGACGACGUGUGGGCGAUGGGCCACGGGCCGCCCUUCGUGCUGAGCCUCGCGCCCUCGAACCCGCCCUUCGUCUUCGCGCAGCUCGCCCUCAAGUUCCUUCCGACCCAAGACAGUGGGCGCGGAGGAGCGGAACUCAGGACCUUGGGCGGCCUCGACCGUGAAGAACACCGUCAGCUGCAGGUGGCCGUGAAGGUGGCUGACGCGGGCGGUCUGUCAGCCGUAGAGACGAUCACCGUUGUUAUUGAUGACGUCAAUGAUAACCCUAUGCUGCCUGCUGCCAAGACUGUCUACUUGUGGAAGACACAGAGCGGCGGUUGGGACAUCCCUCUAGGACGGGUGUACGUCGAGGAUCCGGACGACUGGGACGUAGGAGACAAGUCCUUCGCCUGGCUCAGCGCCCCCCAGCCUCCUUUCAUCCUCAACUCCAACACCGGCAACAUUUUCGUCUCCAGCCAAGUCAGAGAGGGAAGGUACGAGCUCCACUUCGCCGUGAGUGACAGGGUGUGGCGCCAGGAGCGAGUGGAGGCCAACGUGACUGUGGAGGUUCGCGUCCUCACGCCCGACGCCCUCGCUCACGCUGCGCCCCUCACCCUCUCCCCCACCACGCCCGCACAGUUCACCAAAGGCUGGACGCCGAAGACCGGCGGGGGAGGACUGGGCCGGCUGGUGCGGGCGGUCCGGAGGGCGCUGGGUGACCCCGCUCUCGACGUCGAGGUGGUCAGCGUCUACGGCGACGAUGGAGCUCCUUCCGACGCCUUCAGAGCUCUGCACUCUCCUUCUCCCAGCUCCCUCGUAGCAGGUGCCGGUGGUCAGAUGGCCUCUCCUGUGACGGUCGCCGCCCCUGCGUGGACGUGCGUGUGGGUGGGCGUGAGGAAGGGGCCGCUGGACUACAUGGAUCCUGUGAAGCUACACGGACUGCUCGAUCUGCACACUCCGCAGCUAGUGCAGGCAACCAACCUGACGGUGACGGUAGGAAUGCCGGAGCCGAGUCCUGGACGGCGUGAGGGCGUGGGCGUUAUUCCAGCUUCGCCCUCGCCCGCCCCUGACCGCCUCCCCCCGCAGGACCCCUCCCCCUCCUACCUGGACGGCGGUCGCGACCCGUCCUCGGCCGCCUCUCGCCCCUCCAAGACCCUCGCUCUCCAGGUUGUAGACACCAACGCGACCUCGCUUGUGACGCCGCGGUUGGCGUUCACCAGCGAGUGCCUUGCCCCGGAGUCCGAGGAUUGCACGGCCUCCCCCUGCCUCAACGGCGGCCGCUGCGUCAAGCUUUCCACGGGCCAGAGGUGCGUCUGUCCGGGCGGGUCGUGGGGUCCUCGCUGCAAAGUCCUCGCGCGUACCUUCACGGCCUCCGGCUGGGCGUGGGUGCGCCACCUUCCGUCGUGCCUUCCUACCACGAUUUCCUUCCGGAUUCUCACACGCUGUCCAGACGCCUUGGUCUUGUACUCGGGUCCCCUCACGCCCGUGCCCAGACGGCCGGGCUCCCUUCCCUCACCCAUGAUUGCCGUUCAGGUCAUGGGCGGGCGACCGCAGGUGCUGCUCGAGGGCGUGGGCGAGAGUGUGAAGGUGGAGGUGAAGGCAAUCGUCAACGACGGAUAUUGGCACACCGUCCACGUCCUUGUUGACACGCAGGGCGUGGCGCUCAUGGUCGACCUGUGCGGGCGAGGCUUCGAGGAGUCCCCGAAGGACGACAGUCACUGUGUGGUGCGGGCGUCCUGGGCCAACAAAAGGAGUUCGGAAGCGUGGGCGUGGGCUGGGCCCUUGCAGGUUGCUGGACUGGCGCAGGAAGUGGUGCGUCCUGAAGACUUCGGUUGGUCUGAGACGCCCACGACGCGGCCGCUGGAGGGCUGCAUCUCCCACUUGGCGCUCAACGGUCAGUUGGUGGACCUGGGAGAGCCGCCCUACAGCCAGGGCAGCACGGCCGGAUGUCAGCCCCAGGAGACGGCGUGCGGAGGCGCGCGCGGUAGUUGCGGGCUGCGGGGCGAGUGCGUGGGAGGUCUGGAGCGCCCUGAGUGCGAGUGCGAGCCCGGCUGGGCGGGGCCCGAGUGCGGGGCGCCCACGGUCCCGGCAUCGCUGGGCUCUUCCUCGUGCAUGAAGAUGGCGCUGUCGUUCACGCCGGGGCCGCGUGUGGUCAAGAUGCAGCUUCGCGUGAGGACGCGAGGCGCCCGGGAUGGCCCUGCCCACCUGGCCGCGCAGCAGAGGAAUACCGGCCUGACCCUCCGACUGAGAGCAGGGGUCGCGUGCGCAUCCAUGUCGGGAGCUGGGUGGGCCAUGCGGACAGUGUGCAUGGGGCUCUCUGGGAGACGGGCGCAUGGCACACCUUGAGGGUAGAGCGCCAUGCGCACAACCUGCUGGUCAGCGUCGACGACGGCGACGGAUGGCGGAGAAACGAAUCCCUCCCGAGCCUGACCG